UGUAGGCAAGGCUAAUCAUGAGGAUCUCAGGAGUCCUGGUGGUAGCUGUGGCAGCAUUGCUAGCUGUGACAACAUUGGUUACUGCUAAACCAGACCCUGUAAUAAAGGGAACAGAACUCGUCUUAACAUUUUUGGUGCAUCGCCAUGGUGACAGGACUCCAGUUGAAUCCACAAUACCUUUCAGCAAUAAUCCAACAGAGCUGCGUGAACUAUCAGCACCGUACGGUUUGGGACAACUUACUAAUGUUGGUAAACAGAGAGCAUACAAAUUGGGCGAAUACAUUCGCUCGCGCUACGAGGAGUUGUUGAGACCACAAUACAAUAGAAGCGAAGUGUUCAUACGGUCCACAGAUUCUACUCGCGCCAAAAUGACAGCUCUAGCGUCACUGGCUGCUGUAUACCCGCCUGGCGAGAGCUCUUGGAGUCAACAGCUUCGUUGGACACCCGUGCCAUACACUACUGUACCUGUCAAAUACGAUUUUAACACAGCUUUUGCGAACUGUCCUGUAUUCAUGGAAAUGUAUACGGGAUAUUUCACAAAACCAUACCCUUCCAUGGACAAGUACAAGGAAGUUCUUACGAUGCUAUCGUCACACGUCGGGAUCGACCUCAACACGUACUUUGGUCGCCUUAUGCUCGUUUACGAUGUUUUUGUCAGUCAGUUAAGUAUGGGUCUACCGCUAGAUCCGGAAAUCCAGAAGCAAUUUUCAUUAAUACAAGAAGCUGCUGGAAAAUCUUUUGACUUGAUAUUCGGAAAUGAAUCUUAUAUAGACUUACAAGCUGGUGUCCUUCUCAGCGAGUUCUUCAAGAAAGCGGGCGCAGUAAUAGCCGGCAAUGAUACCCAGAGGCUCAGAAUCUACUCCGGUCACGACUUCAACGUGUACUCCUUCGAAGCUGUCACCCAAAUAAGCAACAGGCAAGGAGUACCCAAAUACGCUUCAGCAUACGCGCUGGAAUUGAGGAAAGUUGUGAAAAGUGGAAAAUAUGUGGUCCUUCCGGUUUAUUUGCCCGAACCUGGAGCUCCAGUGAAAUACCUUCAGAUCAAGGGAUGCUCACAGCUCUGCGACUUAAACAAAUUUCGUAAGAUCACCGCCCAAUAUGUUCUGGAUGAGGACACUUGGAGGACAAAAUGCGGUUUCAACAAAGACAUGGAGAUAGAUGAAUCUGGCAUCUAG